AAUGUCGACAAAACUGUGGUUGAUAGUUCGAAACAGUUUAUUUCACAAUCGUGGUAGAACGUUAAAAUUAACUUUAAUGUCAUUAAUGUUGACAACAUUCAUCAUUCAACAAUUCCAUCAUAAGUAUUCAGGCUCUGCAGCAACUAACAACUACGGGAUAGAUUGUAAUAUUGUGGAUGAAUACAUUCAGGGAAAGAUAAGUGAAUUACCGCCUUCCAUUGAAAACCCGAAGAUCAAUAUUGCAUUAAAAUACGGAGAGUCUGAUCCUUCCCCACACAUAAUCAGGCAUAGACCUCUGUACAACUGCUUGGUGGCUGAUAAUGAUAUGAUGAUUAAAGAACUUCAAGAGAGCUUUUUCAUACCUCCAUCCUCAGCUCCAAUUAAUAGAUCUGAAGAAUAUAUUCUUGAAUCAGAUUUUGAAAACAAUUAUCAGGCUCUAGAUGUUUAUGAGAUGGUGUACAAAAAUAAAGUCAAGAACGGAUUCUUCAUAGAAGCUGGUGCUGCAGAUUGUUCUCUCUCUGUUACUCUUCCAUUCGAGGAUAAACUUAAUUGGACAGGUCUUCUGGUGGAGGCAGUUCCAGUAUUUUUUAGAAGUUGCAUAAAGAAAAAUCGUCGUGCAACUCUGAUCAAUACCUGCUUGGGGAUGAAGGAUAAGCCUCACUUUAUUGAUUUUGAUUUUUACAGCUCUGGAAUUAUACAACAUAAAUAUGGCAGAAAAAUUAGGGCAAUGCCUGGGUUUGCUGGGAAAGACCAAUCAGGUCAUUUAGUAAAGGUAUUCAGUAUAGAGACAGAUUUAGCUGGACAUUUUAUGGACGGUUCAAGAGAAGAAAUUAUACAGAUAAUGGAAGGAGCAGGAUAUGUUAGGAAAGAUAUUGUUAAGAAAUAUAACGUUGUGCAGCUGUAAAUAACGAGACUGAUCCCAUGCAGAGAAAUAAAAUUUUGUUUUUGAAAUAAAAAUUUUACAGAAUUCUUGUUUUUUUAAAUGUUAUGUUAUGCUUAUUAAUAGUUAGGUUUUCUAUUUAUGCCAAGCCAAAUUUUUGAGAAUAAUUGCAACAAUCCUAAGUUUUAAAAUCUUAAAUUUUUUUGGAGGGACUAUGCUUGAAAGCACUAAUUUUUAUAAAAAAAAACAGUUUUCCUUUUUAGAUUUCAUUUAGAGAUAUUGUUGGAGGCAAAUUAGUGUAAAUCUUAUUUUCCUAGGAUCCUAUUCCUAGGCCUAACAUUAAGGUUAAAUCUACAUGGCACUUUUUUUUUGAUAAAAAUGCUCAAAUUCACCUUGAACUAGUCCUAAAAUAUAAAAAUGAGACAAUUUAUUUCAGUUUUCAGAAGCAUUUAAAAAAUUUUUUUUGUGUAGCUAAUAUAGGCGAAAAAAAUUCGUCAAAUCUCCCUAUUAAUCCAUGUUCAAUCAGAUAUGAAUAUUUUACA